GUUUGCGUAGCGAGCCCCAAGAUGGCGGCGCGGUCGUCGUCGGCGGUGGCCGGAGCGCGGGCGGUGGCGGCGGCGCGGCCGGGAGCGAGGGCAGGGGUGAGGCGGGCGAAGGGAGGCAGCGCGUAGCGAGACCCACGAAGCGAGACCCAGAAAGAGACUGUCGCGGGCAAGCGGUCCUCCCGCGCCCCCCCGUCCUUCGCCGCCCGGUGGGUCCCGCCCGCCCCCGCCCUCCGGGCCGCGCGUCCUCCGGCCCCGCCGCCCCCGGAGCGGAGGAUGAUGAAGCUCAAGUCCAACCAGACGCGCACCUACGACGGGGACGGCUACAAGAAGCGGGCGGCCUGCCUGUGCUUCCGCAGCGAGAGCGAGGAGGAGGUGCUGCUGGUGAGCAGUAGUCGCCAUCCAGACCGAUGGAUUGUCCCCGGGGGUGGCAUGGAGCCCGAGGAGGAGCCCGGCGUGGCCGCCGUGCGCGAGGUCUGUGAGGAGGCUGGAGUGAAAGGGACGUUAGGAAGAUUAGUGGGAAUUUUUGAGAACCGGGACAGGAAGCACAGGACUUAUGUUUACGUACUCAUUGUCACCGAAGUGUUGGAGGACUGGGAGGACUCUGUCAAUAUUGGAAGGAAAAGGGAAUGGUUUAAGAUAGAGGAUGCCAUAAAAGUUCUGCAGUAUCAUAAACCAGUGCAGGCCUCAUAUUUUGAGACCUUGAGGCAAGGCUGUCUGGCCAACAACGGCACCCCGGUGAUGAGCACGCCGUACUCCGAGAGCUCCGUGUCUGACAUCAGAUGACUGACGAGGCCCCUGCCAGAGCAAUUCCCUAAAGCAGACUGAGACCUGGAUUUCCCUCCCCUCCCCGUUUCCAUGCCUCCUCCCUCACACCAGGCAUGGGCAGCCGCCUGGGGCAGAGCAAGUGUUCAGAGUGCUGCGAUUUAGUGCAAGGUGGGAUGAUUUUUUUUGUUGUUGUUGGCUUUUUUUGCUUUUUUUUUUUUUUUUUUUUUUUUUUUUUUGGGAUCUGUAUUUUGUAAAAUACAUUUUGUGCAUGAAGUGCCCCUUUCCCGGUACUCCGCUCCACGGCCUGGAGGCUGCCAGCCCCGCAUCUGCCUUGUGCUCUGAAGUGUCCCAAGUGUCCCCUUCGUGUCACCCCAGCCAGAGCCACUUUUUUUUUUUUUUUUUAAAUUAAAAGACUUCCAAUGUGAGAUCAGCUCUUCAAGUCUUAGUCUGUACUGUAAGGUGCUGCUCAGACCCGUGUGGGGAUUACUCGCAGCACAUCUGUAUAAACUUUUUUUUAGAUGGAGGAUCUAACAUUUUAAUUUUGCGGGAGUUUUUUUUUUAAUCCUGGUCUGCUUCUGAAAAGAAGGGUUCAUAAUUAAUCUGUUUGCCUUUUGUUCUGUUUUUUAAAAACACACAUUCUGUGACAGUGCUAGUGGCUGGGCCAGUUUACUCCCCAACCAGUAUCUCCCGAUUUAGUGCAGUGACACUUGAAGUUGAGGGCAGAGUUCGGAUCACCUGCAGACAUCCCUGCAGACAUCCCUGCGGCUUUUCCGGCAGCUUCCACCAACGUUUCUGCAUUUCCACCUGAGGGAAACCGCACGGAGCUGGUCUGGAGCCGCUGGCCAAAACCAAACAGCCUCAGCCACGCUGCAAUAGCGCCCGGGUCGCGCCGGCUGCAGUGGGAGUCAGGGAUGCAGGGGGGCUUGGACGGACAAACUGCAGUGAGGCUCACCAACGCUGUCCCUGCUCCUGCUGCGUCCUGCUCGUGUCUCUCUUGUCCACAUGCCUUACGCCGUGCUGAACUGGACACUUGGGGUUUGUGCUGAAGCGUCGGACCGCGCUCACCGGGCGUCGCUGCCGCGCUCGGAGAACCACGCGCGUGUCCCUGAAGAGAAGUCCCGGGGGGAAAAUUCAGGUGUCCAGUCUCUUGUCCUGUGGUUCUGCAGCACUUAUGGUCGCACCGUGGAGCGUGCUUGAAGUGUGCCCUCUAUGAAAGGUACAGCUGCCUCCUGCAGGCAGCAUUCCCGGGGGAGCAGCACAGGAGAGCUCCCCGAUGCACAGGCACACUUCACUUGGGGGUUUGUUGUUUUAUUGCUGUAAGUUUCAUGCUGUCUUGAUUUGCCAACAGUGUUGUCUAGUUGGGAAAUAAAAUGGGAAGGGUUGGGGUUGGGGGGGUCGGUUGGGACAGGUACAAGUUUUGGGAGGGGCAUUAAUUAAUCCCUGGCUUGGGACAAGAGGUGGUUGCUGAGUUCAGUAACUUCUCCUUUGUCAGAGCAGAGCCAAGAUGUGAAAUUAAAUCUGCAGUACUUUUUUUUUCCUUUUUUUUUUCCUGCUCUUUAUUUAACAAAAAAAUAUUCUAAUAAACACUCACUGUUCUGGAGUUUUCUCUCUUCCUGAGAAGCGCUUACAAUAUGAAAAUCUGAUAGAAAUAUCCAUGGAGCCUGGGACAAGGGGAAUGGUAUCCUUGCUGGUUUGGCAAGAAGCUGUUCAUUUUAAGAUCCUUUUCUGUUCCUUUCCUUGUUCUCCCUGCUUUCAUCGGUGUGGAGUAGCAAGGCCAAAAGCAGUGCCAGUGAUCGCUGACAUGGAAAACCACGCGUAAGGAACAGCCCAUUAUUCAAGGAGUAGCUCAAACCCAAGCGUCUGGAAUUGAGCCCAAAUUACACCAGUUCAGCUCACUUCAACUUAGAGACGAAUGUACAAUCCUUUCUCACUAUGUGCUGGUCAGCCUGAACCAAACUCUCAAAAGGGCUUGAAUAUUCUAUCUGGAAGUGUCCAAGAAAUUCCCAGAGUCGCUGUCCCCGUGCCCUGCGAGGCACCUGACACAGCCAUCUACUGCCUUCAACGAGUCUUGGUCUCUACUGUACAGAUUAGUAUGUUGGAAAUGCUUUGCAACAAAACAGCUGGUACUCCUGAAAGAGUAACUGCAGUUUUAAUAUCAGCAGCAUGCACACUUUUGUUUUUAAACUAAAAAUGUUUUUACAGGGCUGUUAAACUGACAAUUUAGGGUAGAAUAUUGUUAAUGACUUGCUAAUGGCUUAUUUGUUUGGGUCAGAAAAAAUAAAUUGUGCCAAGAAAGUG